GGUACAUGGACGGCAAGGAGCUCAAGCUCUAUCGAAUCUUCCAGGCCAUCGAUGUCGAGCAUAAUUGCCCGAGGAACUCUGGGAUGCCCUCAUCGAGGCAGAGGUUGAUUUGGCUAUGGAAACAGAUAUGGAUCGCGAUAAGGGCCCUCAGAAGAUGUCAAAUGGUGCACCAUUGGAGAAGGAAACUGAUGACACACUCAUGGAGAAGGAAACUGACAGAUUCAAGCAUGGGCGAAAAGAAGGGUGUCGACAUGGAGGAGGGAUCACUAGAGAUUGGCAUGGGUAUGGAGAUAUCAUCAUAUGCCUGCUUACAUUUUCUUUUGUAUAGUCUGAUCUAUGCUGACCAAUAAACUAUAAAGAAAUUUGAUGGGGUAUUUUUCAGUUGAUUAGUUUUUGUGUAGGU